GUCUGGGGGGGGGGGUUGGUUGGAGCACGUGAUGCAGUAACACGUGGUAUAGGAGCACAUGGUGCAGUGUUGGGGCGGAGGCGCGAGGAAGCGACAAGAUGGCGGAGAGAGGGCAAAGGGCCCGUGUGUCCGCUUGUCCACGUUGCCAAACACCUUUUCAGCUGCCUGAAUCGUUCAGUGAUGCUACAGAACAUCUGCCACGUUUGCUCGAUUGCGAACAUGUGUUUUGUGAUCAAUGCCUAUUGACAAUACAUUGUACAGAAUCCAACUUCAUUAUAUGUCCAUCCUGUCAGGUAUCAACCCCUGUGAUUGCAGAAAUUGGCGUGGAGGGACUUCCUCUUGACAAUUGGAUUAUUGGUACCUUAUGCACAGAAAAAAUCCUGUUGAACACAAAGACAAGAUCUGAAGAGCCUGGAGUCGGCAAUAAAGAGAAAAAUAAAGUGAAUGAAGAAAGUGAACUGGAUAUAACAGAAAGAAAUACAUUAUGUCAAAAACGACAGAAGUUCAUGCCAAAGGAGGAUACAGAAUUGGGAAUCUCCUGCUUUGAGAAGAUCUGCUAUAAACAAGAAGCAAAAAAUCUUACCCCAUCACCUCCAACUCCUGAAAGCUUUUCCAAACUAGGUAUUAUAAGGGGUGACACCAAGGAUAGUGUGUUUCCAGAAUUAUUAUUUGCUCAUAAAGAACACCAGGAUAAUUUUGAGAUCAAUGUGCAAAGCAGUGAUUUUUGCCAAGUGUAUGACCAGGACAGAAUAUAUAACUUAAUUCAGCGUCUGGAGGACAGCAGUUCUUCAAUUGAAAACAACUGCAACAAAAUUAGAAAGGAGCUACAUAAGGAGUUUGAGAAAAUUGUACGUGCUGUCCAAAAUAGGAAAGCAAUAUUACUAAAAGAAAUAGAAACUAUCAGUCAACACCAUCUUGAUGGAAUUGCCAAUGUCAGAAAGAUACUGGAGGAGAAAACUAGUGUCUUGGACUCGGCCAUAGAUCCAGUUGAAUCCAGGGGUGAAUUUAUCAGAGCAUCUAGUGAUACAAAGCAGAUUAUUGAAAACUUGGACGAAGUACAUACUAUUGUAGAGGCUUUGGAGACCAGAAUUGACCUGAGAUUUCGAAUCCAAACUGAACCAUUAUUAAUAGCCUUUGCAAAAUUGGGGAAAAUUGAAUUGGGAAAACAAAGAAGGUUUCCUAGUUCACGGACAGAAAAGAAGCUGCCAUGUGAGUUUAUUGGAAAAACAGCGAAACAAAAUCAUUUACCUAGAGAAGUAAAUCAUCUUACCAAUUGCAAACAUUUAUAUUCUGAACGAAAGAAACCGGAGAUGGAAUCAUUGAUAUACUCUGACAUGCAUGACCUGGUUUCGCAGGAGAAUAAGGCAGUUUCUCAGGCAGAAAAUGGCUCAUUGAAUAGGGAGAAGGGUUUAUUAAACAACUGGGACAGCUUAUACCUUGCACCUCAAAUUGUACCAAGUCAGGAUGUAGACGUUGUGGUUGAACAAAUAAUUGAAGAUUACCAGAUAAUUGUUUCAGAUUUGAUGGAUAGAAAGAAUAUAAACUUACCAAGACCAAUGUCAAAGAGACAGAAGAGACAAUUUCAGAAGAAACGUGUUCCAAACACUAUCUCUGGUUGUCAAGCAGGUUUUCAGGCAUUGGUUUCAGUCAGUCACGUGAUAAAUCCAUGCCAUUUCUACAUCCAAAAGUCUUCAGAGAAAAAAAAGGCAUCUCUCUUGGCUUCAGAAGCGACUAACUUCUGCAAUAAUGUGGAGUCCCAAAAAAUUCCUAUACCUGCUCUGGAACUUGGUGAAAGAAUUAUUGUUAAAAGCAAUCUAUUCUGUACAUGGUGCAGAGGAAUUAUCACAGAACUGGUGCCAUCAGAAGAAAAUGAGGAGAAACCUAAUGGUCCAACAAGAUAUCGAAUAACUGAAGUUGCAGUGAUGCAAGUGUUCUUGUUGGACAUUGGACAUUCAGAAAUCUUUGUGGUAACAGGAUUUAACAAUCUUGUGAAGAAACUGCAGGAUGGUAUUGAUGCAUACUCGUAUGUGAAUGACUUGUCCCAGUGUGUACGGAAAUUGGGUCCUGAGGUGAAAGGAGUGAUAAAUACAACUCCUCCAUUAGCAAUCAAGUGCUCACUAAAAGAUAUUGUUCCACCAAACUUUAAAAACAGAUGGAGUGUGGAAGCAAGAGAUGAAUUUAUACGAAUGGUGGAUAACAAAACAGUUCAAAUGUUAGUUUUAGGAGAAGACGGAGACAAGUUGCUUGUUGAUUUAAAAAAGCCUCCUCCAGAUAAGAUGGGAAAUAAUGUUCCUGUUUCGCUACGAGACGCUCUUGUGUUCUUGGAUUUGGCCAGGUUUGUUUCUGAAUAUUCUGUGCCCCCUUUGACUGAGGAAAAUAACAUGAAGCACGACCCAGCAGUUAUACCACCUCUCUUGGAGAACAUCCAAGUCAUGAUUACUCAUGUCAACGACCCAUCAGAUUUCUACAUUCAAUUGGCUGAUACUGUGAAACUCAUUAUCCUUACAAAAAAGAUGUUUGAAGUGUACACUGAAAAGAAUGUCAGGAUGGAAAUCUUGUGCCCAGUUGUAGGACAAGCCUGUGCAGCAAUGUUUGAGGAUGGAGGAUGGUACAGAUGUCAAAUUAAUAGCUUGACUGGACACAGAGAAGUAGAUGUCAAAUAUGUAGACUUUGGCAAUACUGCAAGAAUACCAAUUACAGCUGUGAGGAAAAUAAAAGGGGAUUUCUUAACUUUACCAAUACAAGCUCUACAGUGUAGAUUGGCUGACGUGGAACCCACCAACAGAACAGAGGGCUGGGAUGACUUUGCAAAGGAAAGGCUUAAAGAGUUGACACUCAACAAAUAUUUAUGGUGUUGUAUAACUAGUACGUCUUUGGGAAAUUUAUCAGUUCAGUUGUAUGAAUCAACAGGCAUUAAUGGGACCAAAUCUUGUAUAAACAACAAGUUAGUUGAAGAGGGUCUGGCGUGCUUCACACAGUGCUUGAAUUUCACAGAUGUCUCUGCAAUGCAGAGUAACAAAGCUUCGACCUCUAUCAAGCAAGUAGAUGAAGUUGGAGAAGCAGACGUUGCUUCAGAUAUAACAUAUUGUUGCAAGUCUGAAGAAACAGACUAUGCAAUAGCAGGACUCGGUGGUAUUGCUUCAUCCCCUGACAAGCAUGUGGAGGUGAAGAUCACGUAUGUGGCAUCACCCAGCAGUAUAUUUGUACAGCUAUUAUCUUCACAGUCUCUAGUUACAGAUUUGCAGGAGAAAAUUAAAUCUGAAUAUUCAUCAUCAGAGGCAGACAUUGAAUGGGAAGAAAGUAUGCACUGUGCAUUGCUGGUGUUUGAGAAUAAAGAAUGGCGAAGGGGAAAAGUUACAAAAGUGAAUUUGAACAAGACUGCAGAGGUAUUCUGUUAUGAUUUUGGCAAUAAAGAGCUAGUGAAUAUCUGUAUGCUAAAAAAGCUGAAGGAAGAUAUUCAGACAAUACGGCCUUUGGCAAUGGAAUGUUCUUUGUCAGAAAUCAAGCCAGCUGGAGGAAGUUCAAAGUGGGCAGCAACAUCAUGUGACUUUCUGAAAGAAAUUCUGGUCGAUGCAUCAGUGGUUAUUGAUAUUGAGGAAACAUCUUCCAAUUGCCCACACCUUGUGAAGCUGUAUUGCAAGGAUGAAAUUGGACAGUUUAUCAACAUAGCGCAGUAUUUGAUCAAGAAAGGUUUGGCUCUGCCUCAUAAAAUUCCAACUACAUUGGAUACAACUGCAUUGGAUGCCACUGUGGUAAAGACUGAUAUGAAACAACUACUAUUAGACCAGGCACCUGAAAUUGAUGGGCCGUCUGCAGCCAAUCAUCAAGAAUGUUUAGAAUUUAAAAAGGUGUACAAGCCUCCAGUCUUACCCAACGUGAACAUCUUUGAAGUUGAAGUAACUGGUGUUGGUGAUGAUGGAGUCAUCUAUGGAAUCAGAAAAUCCUUGCAAGAAGAAUUCACCAUGUUAACCAGCGCUAUCCAAGCCAGUUUUAAAAUCCUGCCACUUCUAAAACCCUAUUGCUAUAGCAAAGGAGAAGGCUGCGUUGUUAAAGGUUCUGAUACCCUCUGGUACAGAGGAAAGAUUUUGGAAGUAAUUGGGGUAUGUGUUAAGGUGUACUAUGUAGACAAUGGAUACAUUGAAACUAUCCCACAUGUUCAUGUUUAUCCAAUGGUCAUGUAUCCUGAGAUACCAGAGCUUUGUCUACCAUUUCAGCUUUAUGGAGUGGAGCCUGUAGGAAAUAAAUGGCAGGAGGAUGCUGUUGAUUUGUUAAGAGAAUUACUACUUCAAAGAAAUUUGGAGGUGGAGAUUAUGGAUCCACCUGAAAGUUCUACACACACAUUGGUGGCUGAUCUUCACUUUGAUGGAAUGUCUGUGGCCUAUUUUAUGGUUCAUCAUAAACAUGCUGUUCAAAUUGAGAAAACUUCAAUAAUCACUAAGAGAUUUUGUUCUGAUUUAAAUGAUGGAGGAAAUCUGCCUGAAGAAUGCUGGAAUAUGACAUUUGAGGGUUUAAUAUCACCUCGCUUUGAAACUCCUAUCUUGCCAGGAUAUGAUUAUCCAUUACUGCCUUUGCCUGGAAAGGUUUUCCCUGUAACUGUCAAGCACCUAGAAACUCCCAAUUGGGUGUAUAUUUGCAUUGAUCAGAGAAGAGAUUCUGAAUCUGACAGCGACAUGGAUCGUGGCCUAAAAUAUGAGCCUGAAGAUGAUAAUCUUGACAAGGCUCUGAGAGAUCUUAACCCGAGUGCAGAGAGACUUCCUUUACUUACUGAUUUCAGAUCAGAAAUGCCUUGCCUCGCUGAAUAUGAUGAUGGAAGGUGGUAUAGGGCAAAGGUGCUAUCUGUUGAUAACCUGCACCCACUGAAGAUCCUGGUGCAGCAUGUUGACUUUGGCUCCAGUGCAUCUCUACCAGAAUCCAGGCUUCGUCAGCUUCCUAUAGGAUUAAUGCAGUACCCAGCUCGAGCCAUCAGAGUGAAGCUAAUGGGCUUUAAACCCCCAGCUUCAAUGAAUAAUCUACAUCAACUUGUAUAUUGUCCUGAAUGGUCCAUGGAGGCUCUCUGGACGAUGAUUGACAUUGUGCAAGGCAGUCAACUUACAGCUCUCUUGGUGAGUUUAUAUCCGGAUGUGUCUGUGUUCUUGUAUGAAGAAGGAGGAUCAUUGAUUCAUCUUCCACUUGUUGAAAAGGGAUUUGCAAAUCUGGAUAUGUAAAAGUUUUGACAAGAUACUGCAUGUUAAAGAAAAUGCCCUUAAUUGUCCUGCCACAUAUCCCAAGAAGUACUUCUGUAAAUGCCUUUUGAAGUUGUAAAGUUAAUCUUUUUGAGUUUUUCCUUACAUAAUUGACAUGAUGCUAAAUAUAAUUUCAAGGCAUAGCUAAAUUGAUGUAAUGGCCUUUUUAAGGAGUUUAAGAGCUUCAAAAAACUAAUCUUGCAAGAGUUUCUAACAAGAGCAAGGUUAAUUUGUUUCAUUUUCUUUUCCUGAAUAUUGUAGCUCCUGUCUGCUUUACAUACUGAUAAUGUCAAACACUUAAUUUUCCAUUUGUCAAUCAAGAUUGCCAAUGCUUGUUACUGUGUUCAAUAAAAGUUUAUUUUCCUG